AUGGCGGCCUCGAAGCUCGAAAUCAAUUUCCGCCGUCUUUUGGAACGCUGCGAAGCGAUGGCCUCAGAAAUCCAGGAGAAUAAAGAAAACGUAAGCUGGAGGUUGGAAAAAGUGAGUUAUAGCAUUCAUCAAAAAAUUGUUUUCUACUGUUACCUCUCUAGGAUUUGAACAAAUACUGAACAAACUGUCAACCCCAGCUGUCUGGUCGGGUUUGUAACAAUUUUUCACCGUUUUUCUACUUCAUAUUGCAGUAUGUUUUUACGUUACAGAGGCAAGCCGCCGAACUAAAAAAGUCAGAAAGGUUAGUUUUAAAUGCAGAGUAAUAAGAUAAAAGUUAAACGAGCAAUACGUCAAUGUAAAAUAGUGAUUUUAAAUAAUAAGCUUAAAACAGCUGAUACAGGUAGUCUUUACUCUGACGAAUCUUAAUGUCGGGUCGAUUGUAUUUAGUAUUAAUAUUUUAGUCAUCACAAUAGAGCUUUUUUUAUCAGUACCUGACCCAGUUAAAUAACGGAGAAAAAAGUCUUUUCAUAUUAAAGGAAAAAAUUCAACGUAUUGGUAUACCGACAAUGGACAUAGCUAGUUCAUUGUUUAAUUUUGGUACCCCGAUAUGGCGGACUGAAGUAGACAUCUCCCUUUGGUAGCAGGCAGCGGUUGGCUGGCCUGAGCUAAAUUUAAGUUGUCUAGCAGUAUACAACAUUCUGAAAGGCAGAUGACUUGUGUCUCUAACGUACUGUAGGCACCAGUGGUCAGGGAUGUAGAUAAUAGCCGGGAGCUGGGAAAAAUACCCGGCUGUCAAAAUUAUUUUUCCAGCUGAAAAAAAUGCAGUCUUUAAAAAGGCAACUGUUUUCUUCUCAUGUUAUCUGUCCAUCAAAUGCCAUUUCCCAUUGGUUAUAAAUUUAAGCUACAUCCCUUGUGGUUAGCUGAUAUCAGCUUCCGAGUUUCACUUUUUUGUCACUCUGUAACUAAACUUUCUUCAAUUCAAAGCAAACAUUCACAUGGUGAAAAAAACCUCUAAUGAUACUGGUGGUUGUUUAAUUUUUGGCAUCACCAAUGAGUGUAGCUAGCAUUUCAGGUCAUGUCUCUCAUGAUUAAAAAAGUGUACCUUUUCAAAAACUGGGAAAUCAAAAUAUUUUGGUUCCAUGAGCUUGUCGAGUCACAUUUAAGAUACAUUUUUGGAAAUAAUCAAAACAUUAAAUGUUAAUUAUUUUUUGUCUUGUUACAGCAAACCAAGUCCAGACACAAUGACUGAAUACAACAAGAAAGUAGAGUUCCUUAAAGGUUUAAUAGAAACACAGAAAAUGGUGAGACAGGGAUCAAUGUUUUGAAAUCUUAAGAUGCGCAUCUGUUGUUGCAUUCAAAUAGGAAAAAUUAUUGUUUAGGAAUAACUAGGAAAUGCUUGUCGGCAGAGAAUAUACAAGUACAAUAAAUUGUGUAUCAUUUGCACGUGACCUUCCAUACAUUGUCUCUGUUUUAUUUACGUGAGUAAAACUUACACGCAUAUGCACACAAAAAUUACGCAACAGUCAAAAUCCACCAAAAGUCAUAAGGGGAAGAUCCAGGCACCCUUCAAUUUCUACUGGCUCUGAAAAUACCAUGAUGAUUUAGGUUUGUUAGAAGCUCUCAAAUUUUCCUUUAAAUUUCUAUUGCAGUUGAAUACAAGUGUAGAUCCAUGUAAAAUAAGAGUUACGUUCACUUUGUUUUGUAGAAAACACCAACAGAAAAACUUCUCGCCAGUCGGCAGUUAGUGCGUCCACUGAGUCAAACAUCCAAUGCACAGCAGACCACAGAGGCAGACAAAGGACGAACAGUAAACAGAGCACAAGAACUACACAUCAGGGCCAAGUCACAGAUUAAUAAAGAGAUGAGAAGUGAACUUCUGGGAGAAGGUGAGAAUAAUGCAGCUAAAAAUAUUUCACUUCUGAUACAAUGCACUUGUAAGUUAGUUUAUUUGAUAUUUAUUUUUGUUGAUUUUUGUAAGGAUCAUGCACAUUACUGGCUCACAUUUCUCGACACAUUAUGAAGGUUUUCUUAGCUUAAUAUUGUGAGUCACAAAACUAAGGACCUUCAGGGCACCUUACCAUGACACAUUAAUUUUGCCUUGUUUUUUGGGCAUUUUGUGACCUGAAAUACUUUUAUUUUUUAAAAAUAUUGAACAAAAUUAUUUAAUUGAUUUAUUAGUGCUAGAAGUUAACUAGGAACCUUGCUCAUUUUCCAGACGAUAAGAAAGACAGUCAUGGAGUGCGAAACAGGUGACUGAUUAUAUUUUACUUGCAUAUUACUAGUUUGGUCCCUUAGCCACUGUAAUAGAUAACUCUUCAUUUUCAAAUCUCCCAUAAUCACUCUGUUUGCUCGCUACAUUUAGCAUAAACUGUAGUCUUCAAAUGUAGCCUGCGAGCAAGCUCUUCAGGGUGCUCUUGCAGCGGGAAAAAGUUGAUGCAAAAUGCUUAUUGGCGGAGAUGACAUUGGUAAUGAUGUCAUUACCCUUGAUGCGUGCUUUCAUGUGUUUUUCAAUGCUUGUUUAGCUUCGUGCGCAUUUCUGCUUUGCGCUUACUUGCAAGCUCUCCUUCCUUUUUCUGCCCUGCUGCCAGAGUGCCCUGGAGAGAUUGCUUGCACGCUACUUCAAAUGCUCCUGGGAGAAGUGCAUAAUUUCAAUGGCAUUUGAACACAAAAACUUUACUUAUAUGUAAAGCCUGGGAGGCAAGAGCAGUGUUUUUUGUGGUAAUUCAAAAAAUAAUAGUUAAUGGAAACAAAUCCCUGAUAGCAAGUCAGUAUUAAUGCUCUGGUGUUAACUUUUAAAAUACUUUCUGCAACAUUGAAUUGUUAGUUAGUGUGGUGAACAAUUAAAAUCUGCCUUCUAUAGCUUGUGUUCCAGCUCCAGGCCCAAACAUUUUAAAACCUCAGAGUGUGUUCCAUUUGAAUGAUCCAAAUAAGAAUCAGUGACCUGUGAUCACUCAGAUUGUAGCAAAUUAUUCAAAUAAGGAUCACUCAGAUUAUAGCACUUCAAAGGAUCAGACAAAUCGACCCUGGGAAAGGAUUCAUCAGUUCACUUGAUGUACCAUGAUCUGAAUAAUCUCUGAUCUAAAUCACGCAAAGGAACUCACCCUUAGACUAUAAUUAUAGCUAGGCUAUACGUGUAGUGUCUGCCAUACACUGGAUACCUGUUUUUGACAAACCUUUUUCUUGAAGAUUAACAGGCAACAAGAAAAGUGAUGCAAAUGAUGAAAGCAUUGACUCAGUUCUACAAUACCAUCAGAACUUACAAGAAAAUAUAGCAGAGGAAAUGAUAAAAAUGGCUCAGCAUAUAAAACAUACAUCUGUCAUGGCCAGCAACAUUAUUAAAGAAGAUAACAAGGUUACUAGGAUGUUUGUCCUUUCAUAACAGUAAAUAACAAGUUAUUGGAUGAGGUCUUUUCCUGACAUAUGAAACAGAGUAGGUCAAGUAAAUGUUAUUGGCUGACGCUGAUAACUCUUGCCGAGACUUUGAUUAUUGCGAAUACCGUAUUUCUUUGAAUAAUAGCUGUCCCUGAAUUAAUCGCCUCCCUUGAAUAAUUGCCCCCCUUUGAUGGAAACGUUUAAAAUAAUCGCCUCCCCCACCUCUAUAGGUUACCCACUAGGGAUCAUGUUAGCCAUUGUGGAACUUGGAGGGUGGAGCUAAAGUGGAGUCUGAUUCAGCAAAACUGAUCAGUGAUGAUUCAAGCUCUGAUGCCACAGAAAUUGACAGCAAAAAUUAAUCAAGGAACCAAAUUUGGAACACUUUAAAUGCCAUUGUUCUUUUAUCUGAUGUGAUUAUUAUUAUUUUUAUUUAAUGGGAAAAUAGAAGAAAUAUUUAGGGCAUGACUUCUAGUCAGCAAUAUUUGAAAUAGUCGCCUCCCUCGAAUAAUUGCCCUCUUUUGCUGCAAAAAAAGAAAUAAUCACCCCCAGCCAUUAUUCAAGGAAAUACCGUAUCCCAAAAACCAAAUCCAAUAAGAAUUGUUUUAUUAUACACGGUUGUGAAGGAAAUGGUGUUAUGAUAAACACAUUGUCCUUGAAUACCAAGCUUUGUGCACACAAUUUGAAGCCUGUCAUAAAUAUGAUCAGCUACCAAGGUGACCCCUGGCCUACUGAUAUAAAUUUAAUAGAACAAAAAUAGAACCAAAUGAAAUCUGUACCUGUUUGAUUCCCUGCCUGCUUGUUUCCUGCAACUCGAAAUCUUAGUGACAGCCAUGUAAAUUUGUAUCACUAAGUUUCUUUACUAUUGUAGACGAAUUACCCAAAGUUUGGGCAAAACCACUGCCAAGAAUGCAAAAAGUCCACUUUUGGUUGACGUGCGUUAUUCCAAACAAUGUUGUUUAAAAGCUACGGUAACAUGGUUUUUCAGAAUUGUUGAUGUGGACUUAAGUAAAGGCUUUAAACCGGCUCCUAUAAAGGAUAAUGCCUGAGCCCUAAGGCCUUGUUAAAAAUAAUGACUGAGUGCCCGAGGUCAUUUUUUUUAACAAGGCGUUGGGCCAAGGGGUUUAAUAUACUUUUCCACUGUUUUAGAACCAGCAAGUCAUAAUAAGGAUCUCCUGUUCCACCUCAGCGAUCUGGGUUUUAAUUUAUUGAAAAUAAUAACUAAUGCUCAAAACAAUAGAAAGGUGCAGUAAUAACUAGGAAGGCGUAUUUGCAAAUUGGUCGAUUUAGAAAGGCUCUAUGUACAGACAUCACAGGUAAACUUUGAAAAACUUACUGUUCAAUUUUGUGUUUUGUUUUUAGACCUUGGAGCAGUCAACAAAGCUUGCAGAUUCAAAUUUUGAGAAACUAAAACGAGAAUCAGAAAGACUUGAGGAAUUAACACAGACACCAUGUUCCUGGUGGAUUUGGAUUAUGAUAAUUACAGUCUGCAUAGUGUUUAUGUGGAUGAUUAUAUUUAUUAGACUUUUCCCAAAGAAGUGA